AUGACCUCCGCUACUGCCACCGCUACCAUGGCCGCCGCCGCUGGAUUUGACAAGCGAGCCAGCACUGCAUCCUCGUUGCAGACUCCGGGAUCUGGUGCCUUUCCUUCGGAGAUGUGCAGUCCGUUGGCGGCCUCGCCAAGCUUCCCCAAGAGAGACGACUUGAAGACUCCCAUCACUCCACCUUCCGCGUACCUGGACUUCCUCAAGAACUACUCGCCAGAUAUCCGGAGUCCAGUGUCCACGGGCACGAGUGCCAAGUUUAGCUUCGGCGAGAAAAGCUUCGACAAGUCCUCUGAUAAGGCCUCGGAUGCGUCUGGGCAUAGAUCAACCAGCAACGGCCCAACAACAUCGCAACCCUCGCUAUCCCGCAACACCUCGUAUGACUCCAACUAUUCAAACACCACCGAACAGAGCAGUAUUUCGUCGAUUGGAAGCGGCGUCUCCACCGGAACCUCAAGACCAGAAUCCCCUCGCAUCAUCGUUCCAUCAUCUCAAUCCCAAUUCGUCAGGCCAGGGCCCAGGUCAGCGCGAACACCUCGACGCCUAAAGAUUCCACAAUCGCCCUUCUCCCCGGCGAUUGGGUCCGCUCAGACCGCACCAUCGCCCUAUCUUUCCACUCCACUCAGCGCAGCACCAUGGAGUGCGUCCUUCUCCCCUCGUGACCACACCAGCUUUGAUGCAACCAGCCAACCUGGCAAGGUCCAUGUCAGACAUGUUGUCACACGCACUGUCAGGUACUGCCGAACACCCCUGGACCCAGCACCGAAGGGAAAGAGAAGAAAGAUUGAAGAGACAUCUGAGCCUAGCUCGAAAGCUUCGUCGGAAGAACCACCGAUCAAACAAGAACGGAUCGAGAAGAUCGACCAGGAGACGGAGACGGAACCAGUCACUGCUGCUGCUGCUGCUGCUGCUGCUGCUGAAUGUCAGGCCACGGUGUGA